AUGCAUCAACAAUCAUCUACGACGUGCUUUAAUGUAUUUCCUUCAUUCUUGCAGGAUAUCACCAAUAAUAGUAUGUUAAUACAGGAGAAUAAGGAAAAUAUUAAUCCUGCACUUCUUGGGAGACUCUCUUCUGGUGGAAUGAACCAAAAUUGUAAUCAUCAUGAUGAGUGUGGUGUAAGAAGUGGGAUGAGAAGUGUUAAUUGUACCUCGCAACCAUCAAAUCAACACAUCAACACAUCACUCAUGGGGGAUUGUUACACUCCUGUGAUGAAUCGUCAUCGCUCACACCAUACAGGAUUAACGCCAGGCAACAAUCCUGUUCGCCAAUCACGUAGUGGUGGUAAUUCAUACUAUCAUGUUAAUACAACGGAUUUAUCACUAUUGGCAGAAAGUGAUGUGCGGGAUUCAAAGAACAGCAGUUUCUUUUAUACACCCGAUAAACAAUGUAAUGUGGCUGCUCUUCCCACUAUUAUUGGGGCUGCAGAUGCAGUAGCCGUUAUCACCACCACCACCACCACAGCAACUAAUAAUACUAUUAAUAGUAAUACUGUUAAUAAUAGUAAUAACAGUAAUACGAUGAAUGCUGCUGCUGCCGCUCGUAUGGAUACUGUUCCUACUCAACCAAUCAAAUUGAGUGAAUUAUUUCAGGAGUGUGCACCAAUAGGGCAUAAUCCCCAUAGCCCCAAUAUGAGUUUGGAGUCCAUUCUCCUACCAAGGAGUGUAUUGUUGGAUAGCGAUGAUGAUAAUGAAAGUGAAUUGGAGGUACAGACGGGGAAGAGACCUCGCACGGGUGAAAACGUAUACAGGACGAAUGUCAAUCAUCAUAUAGUUCCCAUUUCAUCCCAAUCUCCAUCAUCACAAGGACUACAAGAGCAAACACUUCUAUUCCAACAUCAUCAUCAACAACAACAACAACAACAAGUACUCCCUCAGCAGAAAACACAUUCUGUGGCUCCCGUUCCACUUUUAUUUGCCCCUCCGCAGCCGGUUGCACAUUAUGCAAUGAUGCCACAUGAUGUUCCUCCACCGGAGUAUCCACGCAAUGAGACGCAAAACACAGUAACACGUGUGGUUAGCAAAACAGCCCCAUUAAUUGCUGUAGGUGGAAGGCGAGUGCCUAUAGAUAAAUUACACAUUCUUCUUCGCCCUUCCACACCAGAGCAAAUGAGUAAUAAUGGUAAAGAUGUUACUUUUACAGCAAACAAGACUGGUGUUUCUGCUCCACUUAUUCCUUCUGCUCGUCCUAUGCCUGCGGCUGUGAAGAUGGUAUCAUCAUCAUCCUCCUCCACUAAUAUGAUGGCUCCUGUGGCUUCAUCUACACAAGCUAUGAAAAGACGUCCACCGAGCCGCCAACAUGAAACUGUUAUUCUUGAAUUUGCCCGUGGUGUGCAGAUGCGUUUUAAAGCGAAUACCGCUCGUUGUGUGCCGGUUGUUGGUCGACAUUACAUUGCAUCUGUGCGGAGCAGUCGUAGUCCAUAUGAUAAUGUGGCUUAUGAAGAUGCGGGUGUGUGUGUGCAGGUCCAACGACACCACGCCUAUGCCUCUCCAGUAGAGACGGCGAUGUAUGAUGAGAAGGGGAUUUACGAUGGAUAUAUUGUGCGAGAGUUGGUGGCCGCUGAUGCCGUGCGAAUGCGGGAAUUGGAGGAAACACGUGCGGUGGCAUUGGCGGAGUGUCGCAAACACUUUCGUUUUCUCAAUUUGCCGUUUGAGUUGGUGGAUGUGUACUGCACCUUUGACCGCAGCAUCUCCGUUGUCUAUUACUCCAUUCAGCCGCAGGAGGGGACGAGCGGGCAGCCGAAUGUCUCGCGGCUUAUGCGGAUGCUGCAGUUCAGACUGCAGAGUAAAGUCUAUCUAAAGACCAUCACCAGCAGUGAGUAG